AUGAUGUCCUACGGAGAGAGGCUGGAGAGCCGGGCUGUCUCCCCACUCCCAGUCUGUGGGGGGCACAUGACGUGUGGGGCGGCGUUUGCCUAUGUGCCCAGCCCACAGGUCCUGCACAGGAUUCCAGGGACCUCAGCCUAUGCCUUCCCCAGCCUGGGCCCCAUGGCCCUCGCCGAGCAAGGCUGCCCCUACGGGGAGGUUCUGGAGCACCAUGACCCGCUGCCUGCCAAGCUGGCCCAGGAGGAUGAGCAGAAGCCAGAGCCUGGGUUGGCCCAGAAGCUGUGCCGGGCUGGCUUGACGCUCCUCAAGGUACCACUGAUGCUCAUCUUCCUCUACCUCUUCGUCUGCUCCCUGGACGUGCUCAGCUCAGCCUUCCAGCUGGCCGGAGGGAAAGUGGCUGGCGACAUCUUCAAGGACAAUGCCAUCCUGUCCAACCCGGUGGCGGCGCUGGUGGUGGGGAUCCUCGUGACCGUGCUGGUGCAGAGCUCCAGCACCUCCACAUCCAUCGUGGUCAGCAUGGUCUCCUCCGGCUUGCUGGAGGUAAGCUCUGCCAUCCCCAUCAUCAUGGGCUCCAACAUCGGCACCUCCGUCACCAACACCAUCGUGGCCCUGAUGCAGGCGGGGGACAGGACUGACUUCCGGCGGGCCUUCGCGGGGGCCACAGUGCACGACUGCUUUAACUGGCUGUCAGUUCUGGUCCUGCUACCCCUGGAGGCUGCCACCGGGUACCUGCACCACAUCACUCGACUUGUGGUGGCCUCCUUCAACAUCCGCGGCGGCCACGAUGCCCCUGACCUGCUCAAGAUCAUCACAGAGCCCUUCACUAAGCUCAUCAUUCAGCUGGACAAGUCCGUGAUUACCAGCAUUGCCACGGGGGAUGAGUCCCUGAGAAAUCACAGUCUCAUCCGGAUCUGGUGCCACCCAAACCCCAUGGAGGUUCCCUCCCGCAGGCCCAGGGCAGAGGCCAGCACCAGCCGGAUGCUCGGAAAUGCCACCAUGGAGAAAUGCAGCCACAUUUUCGUGGACACAGGCCUGCCUGACCUGGCUGUGGGGCUCAUUCUGCUGGCUGGCUCCCUGGUGCUCCUGUGCACCUGCCUCAUCCUCCUCGUCAAGAUGCUCAACUCUCUGCUCAAGGGCCAGGUGGCCAAGGUCAUUCAGAUGAUUAUCAACACUGAUUUUCCCACCCCCUUCACCUGGGCCACAGGCUACUUUGCCAUGGUGGUGGGCGCUGGCAUGACCUUCGUUGUCCAAAGCAGUUCUGUAUUCACCUCGGCCAUCACCCCACUCAUCGGCCUGGGUGUGAUCAGCCUUGAGCGCGCCUACCCACUCACACUGGGCGCCAACAUCGGCACCACCACCACGGCCAUCCUGGCUGCACUGGCCAGCCCCCGGGAGAAGCUGUCCAGUGCUUUCCAGAUUGCCCUCUGCCACUUCUUCUUCAACAUCUCAGGCAUCCUGCUGUGGUACCCCGUGCCCUGCACGCGCCUGCCCAUCCGCAUGGCCAAGGCGUUGGGCAAACGCACUGCCAAGUACCGCUGGUUCGCCGUCCUCUACCUCCUCCUGUGCUUCCUGCUGCUGCCGUCGCUGGUGUUUGGCAUCUCCAUGGCAGGCUGGCAGGCCAUGGUAGGUGUGGGCACACCCUUUGGGGCCCUGCUGGCCUUCGUGGUACUUGUCAGCAUGCUGCAGAGUCGCAGCCCCGGGCGCCUGCCCAAGUGGCUGCAGACAUGGGACUUCCUGCCCCACUGGAUGCACUCCCUGCAGCCCCUGGACCACCUCAUCACCCGCGCUACCUUGUGCUGUGCCAGGCCCGAGCCCCGCUCACCCCCGCUGCCUGCCAGGGUCUUCCUGGAGGAGCUGCCCCCUGCCACACCCUCCCCCCGCCUCGCGAUGCCCAAUCACCACAACGCCACCCGUCUCUAG